CGAUAUACUCGUCUUCGACUCGAUUUGGUGUGCGCGUUGCUGCCCGCUUCAGUUUUCAGGGGAGACCCACUUCCGGCCUUCCCCUCUUCCGUUUCAAUCAUUGAUUCGAGAGGAUCGUUCGACGAGAUUUCUUCGAUUUUUUUACGUCUUGGUGUCAUAUUUGUGAUUGAAUUAGGAUUAACUGUAAAUUUGGAAAUUGUUUGUUUCACAGUGGAUGGAUUAAUUAAUUGGAGGAGAUGAUCAGAUGAUUGGAUAGAGAAAUAUGUUAUACGUAUUAUUAAACGUGCAUUGUUUCAACAUUUUCGGUCUUCUCGAUUCUUUGGAUAGAUUUCGAAGAAGAAUGUAAAAGGUGCGAGUUUCCCGCCAAUUGCAAUUAAACACUUUAUACUUUUAAAUUGUAAAAAGACAUGUCUAAGGAAGAACCAGAAGAAUCAGAAAAUGAAUUCAUGUUGCGGCCAAUGAAUUGUGAGUUAAAUCAGUUAUCUAUGCCUGAUGGAUCAGCAAUGCUAAUGCAAGGAAAUACUGCUGCAGUUGCUGGAAUAUAUGGACCAAUAGAAGCAAAACCUCAAAAAAUGAUUUAUGAUAAAGCAUCAAUCGAGGUAUCAUAUAUUCCAGUCAAAGGUCCAGCGAAGAUUGAUGAUAGAAUGACAGAAAUGUACAUUAAAGAAACUUGCGAAGCUGCAAUAAUUGUUACUUUCCAUCCAGCGACUGCUAUAUGCAUUAACAUACAAGAAAUGGAAGAUUCUGGUGGGAUGUUAGCUUGUACAAUUAAUGCAGCUUGUUUAGCACUUAUUAAUGCUGGUAUUCCAAUGAAAUUUACUAUUGCAGCAGUUAACUGUAUGAUACAGGAAGGCACUAACAAUAUUAUAUUAGAUCCUGAUAGUACUCAGUUACAAGAUGCUAAAGCAGAAUUUACAUAUGCAUUUGAUAGUGUGAAAAAAGACAUCAUAUGUUGCUAUACUGCUGGUUGUUUUACAGAAGAAGAAUUUUUAGAAACAAUAGAUAAAUGUAAACAAGCUAGCCAAUAUGUAUUUGAUUUUUAUAGAAAUCUCGUAAAAAAGUACGCAAAUGUAAUAUAAUAUAUAGAAAUAUUUUCAUGAAA